AUGGUUGAGGCAGAGGCGCAAAAGGAAUUUGAGGCAGCGGCGCGGCAGAAGGCGGAGGCAGAGGAGCACAAAGAGGUUGCGGAAGAGGCACUACAACUGGCUCGGGCAGAUGCGCGGAAGAAGGCUGUUGUAGAGGCGCGGCAGAAGGCGGAGGGUGAGGCGCAGAAGAUGCCAGAGGCCGAGGAGCAGAAGCAGGCUGAGGCUGACGGACGUAGGAAGCCAGAUGGAGAGGAGGGUUCAGAUGGGAAUAAAAUGAUACAGACAGAGGGACGGGAGACGGCGGGUGGUGAGGGGCACAUCAACACAGAGGAAGAGGGGCAGCACGACGAGGAGGUAGCAUCGCAGAUAGUUGCAUACCGAGAGACGCAGAGCAUGGCAGAGACAGAGCGUCAAAAUACUAUGGAGGAGGUUCGUGUGGUCCCGGAGGCUGGAGUGGGGCACUACGAGGGAGAUGCGCUGGAAACAGAAGAGGAGCAGAAUGAGGAGGAUACGGUACAUCCGGCAGUCCGGAUAUUUUUGGGAGGAAGUCCGACGCGGGGACCAGGAACCGGGGUGGAGAGGCCAUGGAGGGUGGCAGACGAUGGGGCGCCUAGGGAUACAGUGGAUCUCAACAGGCAGAGGCGGCCUACCCUUCACCAGAGAACAGUGGAGAGGAAUCUCGGCCAAGGCGGGGUGGCAGAAGCGUUUUGGCAGGUAGAGUGGGUCGAGGCAGAGACGGCAAUACGGCGGAUGAUGCAUCGGACGAGUACAGUCCUGGUCAAACAAGUCGGGAGGGGGGAUGGCGGAGGGCACGUUAAAGGGGGUGGAAGAGAGGUUCUGAGAGAAGACUCUGAGCGGCGGAACACGGAUAGACUGCAAGACAAGGAGCGGAGGCAGAAGGCCACAAGGAAGGAAGCAGACGCCGCAGAGAGACAGAAGAAGGAACGACAGCAGGAGGAAGAGCGUCGGCAGAAGGAGAUGAGAGGGGAUGAAGGAGAUGAAGGAGGCGAUGAUGAAGGAGAUGAAGGCAGAAAUGAAGGAGAUGAAGGAUGGGAUGAGCGGCGGAGGAAGAAGAAACAUCAGGAGGAAGAGCGAUGGCAGAAGGAGGUGGAGGCGGGAAUGAAGGAGGUAAUGGAGGCUAUAAAGGAGAUGAAGACGGGGAUGAAGGGGUGGAAGGAGGGGAUGCUAAGUGAGGUGGAAAAGCGGCUGUCAGUAGUUUUGAGAUUGGACGCAGAGCGGCGGCAAAAGGAGGAGCAGGGUAGGAAGGUAACGGAGGGAGAUCGGCGACAGAAGGAGGAUGCGCAGAGGAAGGAGGCUGAGAAGGACGAUUGGGAGGAAAGGGAGAAACAACAGGAGGAGCACCGGCAAAAUGUGGAGGCGCAAAGGAAGGAGGCAAAGGAAGGAGAGCGGGUGGAGAGGGCGAAACAGCAGGAGUUGGCGCGCCUGCAGAAGGAAGAGGCGCAGCGGAAAGAUGCAGAGGAGGCCGAGAGGCAGGAGAGGGAGAAACAGCAGGAGAUGGCCCGCCUGCAAAAGGAGGAGAGGCAGAGGAAGGAGGCAGAGGAGGUAGAGCGGCGCCAGAGGGCAAAACAGCAGGAAUUGGACCGCCUGCAGAAGAAGGAGGCAGAGGAGGCCGAGCGGCAGCAGCGGGCGAAACAGCAGGAGAUGGAGCGCAUGCAGAAGGAGGAGGCGUAG